AUGCCCUUUUUAUUUUCCUAUGUCUGUGAUUUGCUCCAAUCGCUGGAUAAUAACCGCCUUGCUCGCUCGGGACUGAGGAGCAAAGCGACCAUAAUUCAGGAUUGGUUCAGGGGACAUCAGGCGCAGUUAUACCGAGAUGAAUUGGAUACUGCAGCCCUGCUUUCUGCCCUUCUCCCGGAGAAACGGACUGACAGGGUAUACUUUCUUCGAGAGAAGAAGCUUCAGACUGUGAUUGGCCGCGCCUUGGGCCUGGGUCGGUCUCGCAUUGCACAGCUGGGAAGAUGGAGUAAUCCCGAAGCACGCGUCGACCUAGCAGAAUGCGUUGAAAGUAUUCUUAACGAAACACCGAACCCAGUGUCCCCAACUGAAAGGGGCGUCACGGUGGAAGAGAUCGAUCAACUUCUCCACGCCAUCGCAGCCACAUGUCGAUUCAGCUCGCCUGCUGUGCGCAGUUCUGCUUCGGCCGGCCGGCUCGCCAACAAGGAGCUCGCGCUCGGAGACCUCUACAAGCGAUUGCCUGCCAGAGAUGCCAAAUGGCUGACUCGGUUGAUCCUCAAGAACUACGAGCCAGUAGUUCUUGAUCAGCAUGUGGUCUGCCAAAGUUACCACCCGCUCCUUCCAGCGAUACUGAAUGUUCAGGACGACUUGGCAGCUGCUUCGCGAAUUUUGGAUUCGUAUAGACGUGGCCAGAAAGUCACCGAAGCCGCAACCGGGCUAACCGGACUUGCACAGUCUCUGAAGCCCACUCUUGGGGUGAAGAUUGGCCGCCAGAAAUGGAUUAAAGGGCGAAGCAUCAAGCAUUGCCUGUCGAUGGUACAAGGUCGCAUAAGCUGCGAAGAAAAGAUGGAUGGGGAGUAUUGCCAGAUCCAUAUUGAUCUGAGCAAAGACCAUGACUGUAUCCAGAUCUUCUCAAAAAGCGGAAAGGACAGCACAAGAGACCGUCUAGCCCUGCAUGAGUCUAUUCGAAACUCGUUGCACCUUGGGAAACCUUCCUGCCCACUGAAGAAGGGCUGCAUCUUAGAAGGAGAGCUCGUGGUCUACAGUGACAAAGACUCCAAGGUUCUGGAUUUCCACAAGAUAAGGAAGCAUGUAUCGAGGUCAGGGUCCUUCCUGGGUACUAGUCGAGACUCCCAGCCUCACCCCUGGGAGCAUCUUAUGAUUGUCUAUUACGAUCUACUCAUGAUUGACGAUGAAUCCCUCUUGUUUGUCAAGCACUCAGAGAGGUUCCAGCGCCUGAAGGAUCUCAUUGCAGUGGUCCCAGGGAGAUACGCAUUGGUGAAGCGGGUAAUUAUUGACUGCGACAGACCAUCCGCAACAUCUGAUCUGCGCCGGGCCUUUGCGAAAUGCAUUACUGCACGUGGAGAGGGUCUCGUCCUGAAAGCGGACGAUCCUUAUUUUGACUGGAGUCCUUCGCGACGACCUUACGCUUGCUGCGCGAUCAAACUAAAGAAGGAGUACAUUGGCCAUUUUGGCGACAUCGGCGACUUCACAGUGGUUGGCGCCCGCUAUGAUGCCGCGAAAGCCAGGGCCUACACAAUUCCGAAGGUCAAAUGGACCCAUUUUUACGUUGGUUGUCUCGAGAACAAGGACGAAGUGCGGCGGUUUGGAAAGCGGCCACAGUUUGUCGUCACGAAUGUUGUUGAGCUCAACGCGACACAACUUGAUGUGUUUACCACGUCCAUCAACCCAGAAGCUGUACCAGCGGAGAGCAAUACCACAAUUUCGUUAAGGAUUGAGCCGGGCAUUGAUAACGGAAAACGUCCAUCCGUGAUUUUCCCAACACCCCCGGUGGUCGACCUUCGAUGCUUUUCCUUUGAGAAAGAAGGAAACAAAGGAUUUUGGAGCCCCAGGUUCCCGUCGGUUACUAAGAUCCAUUCGGACAGGACUUAUCAUGACGCGCUCUCGUUCGACGAGUUACAAGAUAUGGCGAUCAAGGAGAAAGAGCUCCCUCCUCCAGAAGACAACCAGGAGCUUCUGGGAUGGAUCGCCGCGCUGGAGCAGUCCGAGCCCACAGCUACCGUUGGUGAAACAAGCCAGUCGUCCGUUUCCACGGGAGCAGCACCCAUGACGCCUUCCCAUAAAUCCUCGCAGUCAUGCCAAUCACCAGUGUCGCCGGGUCCAAGAUUGCGCGGGCCCAGGGAGAUAGACUCGCCCACCUCAAGACGCUCGACUUCUACACAAACAGGCCAGCUGACCCCGCCGAGGUCCUCGGCUAUUCAGGUCCCCGAAUCGGCUACUCCAAACGUACUACUUGACAUGAACGAGGCCGCUCAGAACCGCAAGAGGCCUCACGAAGCAUUAGGGUGCGAUAAUAUGCACGAGAGGGCCAAGAUGCAGAGAUGCUCGAGCGAUCACAUCUCUACGACUCGCCCGUCGCAGAGCAACAGCAUGAAUCUCACAGCGACGGGACUCGUUGGUGCCUCAGCCUCCCCAUCGCGCCGAAACAGUCAUGCUGGUUUGCGGAUACCGAGGCUCUCUGCCUCAAGAUCGAUGCCUCGGGUAGACAUGGAAGGCGAGGACAGCAGAGUUCGUGACGCUGCUAGGCUGUCUGUUCCGGCGUCCCAAUCCUUCCAUGGUGUCCUCGUGCCGGUCUUUGCGUCGUCAGCUUCCUCAUCCGGCAGCAGCGUCUUGCCCUCGAAACAUAACAACAUCAGUUUCAACCAGGUGUCUGCGACGACCGCUGAGACAACCGCCACCAGAAAUUGCCGCUCCCUUGGCGACUCAUGCAAGCUCUCAACGUACUCUAUCAUGCUAUCACCAUGCAUAGCCAACUUCCCCUGGGUUACCGAGAACUUGCUCGUCAGUCACGGAGUGACGGAGUUUAUCCGCGACCCCAAAGCAUGGCUACGUGACGGGCAGGCCUCAGGAGCAACCGCAGCUGUGCCCUCAACAUCAGAUAUAUCUGCUAACAGCACUGCGGAGUCAGCCGGGCAUCCAAGCUCCUUGAAUAAGAAGCGCCGUCGGUGCAAAAAACUUGUUUUGGUUGACGCAAGGCGCAGGGAGGCCACGGAGGCUUUCCUCGCCUCUAUCAAGGCCGCUCAGUUGAAGCGCCGGAACGGCGAGCGGGAAUACGUCCCGGUUUUUGAUUGGCGGGUCUUGGAAAGUGUUAUGGAGGAGGAGAGGAGGUGUUGCCUUGGCAAGGAGAAGCCUGGCGGGCGGUUCGAGAUUUCCAGUGGACAGAGUAUCUGGAAGCAGUAUUGGAUAGGGUUGGCAUAG